CAUGAGAGCGCGCCGCCACGAUGAGAGCGCAACGGCGUCGCCCUGAUUUCUGUGGCCCCGCCCCGCCCCAACUCGUCGGCGGGCCGUCUCUGAUGACGUCACGAGCGCGACGGUCGUGUUAGUUCAGCGCCGUGUUGUCGCCACCGCCCGCUGUACAGUUCCGCAUCGACAUGUGUCAGGUCGGCGAGGACUACGGGGAGCCCGUGGGCGAGUUCUCGCCUCGGGGGCCACCUUGCUGCGAGCAGAAGUGCGUGAAGUGCAAGACUGGCCAGCCCGUGGUGGUGAUCCGCGCCGGGGAUGCUUUUUGCAGAGACUGCUUCCGUGCUUUUUAUACCCAUAAGUUUCGUGCUGUGCUGGGCAAGAACCGGCUCAUCUUCCCCAAAGAAAAGGUGCUGCUGGCGUGGUCUGGGGGUGCUUCCUCUAGCUCCAUGGUGUGGCAGGUCCUCGAGGGCCUGAGCCGGGACUCAGCUAAGAGACUGCGCUUCGUGCCUGGUGUGGUAUAUGUGGACGAGGCCGCUGCCUGUGGCCAGAGCCCAGAGGCGCGAGUGCAGGCACUGGCUGAGGUGAAGCGCUUCCUUGAGGGGGUGCCCUUCCCCAGUCACAUAGUUGCCUUGGAAGAGGUCUUCCUUCUGCCACCCUCUGUGCUGCGCCGAGCAGACCAGGAACUAGAGCCCAUGGGGCCACAGGGGGCGUACAAGGCCGCUGUGGACAGUUUCCUGCAACACCAGCAGGCUGGGGGAUCUGAAGUGAACUCUAGUGCAGCUCCUGGAAAGGAGCCCCAGGCUGGGGCCUGUCUGCCCCCCACAGCCCAGACAGAGGCUCUCUGCAAACUGUUGAAUUCUGUGACAACGCUGACAGCCAAGGAGGAGCUUCUACAGAUGCUACGGACCCACCUGAUCCUGCAUGUGGCCCGGACCCAUGGCUACUCUAAGGUGAUGGUGGGAGACAGCUGCACACGCCUGGCCAUUCGCCUCAUGACCGGCUUGGCACUUGGCCGAGGGGCCUUCCUCGCUUGGGACACGGGCUUCUCUGAUGAGCGUUUCAGGGACGUGGUGGUGGUGCGGCCCAUGCGUGAGCACACGCUCAAGGAGGUGGCCUUCUACAACCGCCUGUUUAGCGUCCCUUCGGUGUUCACACCCACCAUCAGCACCAAGGCCCCCGACAAGAGCAGUAUCCACCGGUUGGUGGAAGACUUCCUGCUGGAGCUACAGGAGCAGUUCCCCUCCACAGUCAGCACCGUAUAUCGGACCAGUGAGAAGCUGUUGAAGGGUCCCAAGGACGGAUGUGCCGCUACCCUGCACUGUCUGCUCUGCCUAUGCCCGCUGGAUCUGGACCCUGCUGACAGUGCCACAGCUUUCGGGGCUCAGACCUUGCGCCUCUUCCAGCCACCAUCUGUCACCCUGAGUACUGAGCCUUUUAGAUCGUCUAGCUGCUUGCUGGAGGCAGGGGCCACCCAGGACUGCUGCUCUGGGUUCUGUGAGAGGGACGAACCUGGGGCUCUGAUCCUAGAGCAGCUGUGCUACAGCUGCCGUGUAACCAUGAAAGACCUGCCUUCCCUGGACCCUCUGCCACCCUACAUCCUGGCUGAAGCCCAACUCCGCAGUCAGAGGUGCCGGUGCUCAGGGAGCCUUGGAUGCAGUCCCAAACCUGGAGCCACACAGGAGACCCAGGAGCACAGGCUGGACAGUAGUGACAGGGAGCUGGCCAUGGGCAGAGUUGAACCCCAGCAGGUCUGGGCAGCAGGCGUAGAUGGGCCUAUUUUAUAAAUAAAGUCUUUAAUUAGAAAA